AGUCGGAGCUCAUUGAUGCUUUGAACCGAGAGUGGGGACAACAUUUCUGCUGUAUCCGUCGAGGCGCUCCACCAGUUCUCGGAUACCAUACGACGUCGACCUCACCAAAGUGCCUAGUCUCUCUCAAUCCUCGUGGCCGAAAACACCUCAGAGUUCGAUCCAGAGUUAUGAACAUCAACACGUGAAUCACUGAAAGUGUUGCCCAAUUUCGGAGAGCAAAUCAUCACUCGGUCAUCCCCACCCACUAUUUUAAAUUCUAUUUCGCGGUUACAUAAUCAGAACACAUGCUCCCACAUUGAUGACAAGACGGAGCGGCGAGAAGGGACCGGUGACGUUGUGGGUCGUCAAAGUGUGAAUAACCGAGUUGAAGUUGUCCAUUCAUUCAAUCGGAUAAGUCUACAUCCUUCACCAUGAGACCUUGGACCAACAGAACAGUCAUUCUGGCUGUCAUUGGAAUGACACUUCUAGUCCUUGGAGUAGCUGCUAUGUUCCUCUGGCCGGUGCUCUUCAACCACAUCCUCAGUCAGGAGCUACCAAUCACGCCCACAUCUCGAGUGUUGGACCUGUGGAGAUCAACGGGCGACAAAAUUCCACUCAACAUGGAGUUCUACUUCUUCAACUGGACAAAUCCAGAGGAGCUCAAGAUACCUGGAAAAAAACCAAAUCUCGUUGAAGUGGGCCCUUACACAUUCAUUCAUAAAACGGAAAAAGUCAACAUCACGUUUCACCCGGAGAACGGUACUGUCAGCUAUUUUGUGAGGAAAUACUGGUACUUCGAUCCACAUAAGAGCAAUGGAACCCUCAAUGACACUUUGGUCCAAUUGAAUGUUCUCGCUGUGGCAGCUGCGAAUAAAGUGCGGUAUUGGGACGAGUUUUAUCAGAGUACAGUUUCUAUAAUCUUGGGUCAGGUGUCCUCGAUUCACAUUGUGAAAACCGUGGACGAGAUGAUGUUCACUGGAUUCAAGGAUCAACUCAUUGAUUUGGGGAAACUGGCAAUGGACACAGAAGACAUGCACAUCCCGGCUUACGACAGAUUCGGCUGGUUUUAUUUAAGAAAUGGAUCGACAUUCUUCGAUGGGCAUUACAAUGUGGCGACUGGAGAAGAUGAUAUCGCAAAUCUUGGUAUUAUGAAAAAAUGGAAUUAUACGGAUGUAACUGAUUAUUACAAGAGUCCUUGCAAUGUUGUGGAGGGAAGUGCCGGGGAAUUUUUUCCACCUGGCAGGGACACGGAUGAUAUCACAGCUUUCGCUGCUGAUUUGUGCAGACCAAUGAUCUAUGAAUACGUGGGAAAAGCGACGCACCAUGGGAUCACAGGUUAUAAAUACGAACUUGGGGAGAAAAGCCUUGGCAACAGCUCUUUCAGGAGAUACCCUCACAGUGCCGCCAAGUAUUUCGAGAGAACAACAACUACUGAAGACUUCUUCCACGCUGACUACUCGACCAAAAAAAGUGCCGCUGGAUAUUCGGAUCCUGAUGUCGUCGAUAUGGGGAAAUGCUACUGCAAUGGGGAGUGCAGUCCCGUGGGAGUCAUCAACAUCACUGCGUGUAGAUAUGGUGCUCCUGGUUUCAUUAGUCUACCACAUUUCCAUAAGGCUGAUCCCAUCCUGAGGGAGCAAGUCAAUGGUCUCAAUCCUAAUGAGAAAGACCACAGUUUUUAUUACCUCUUGGAACCGAAUACUGGCGUUCCAAUUGAUGUAGCAGCUAGACUUCAAGUGAAUAUUUUACUGCAGCCAUAUGACUUCGUGACACUCUUCAGGGACGUUCCGAAGAUUUAUUUUCCCUGCUUCUGGUUCUCAAUGAGGGCAGGGACGACUGAGGAUCUAGCAUCAUCUUUACGGAUGCUUCUUCUAGUUCCUAGUAUAGGAUUAUAUUCAAGUAUAAUAGUAGCAAUUGUCGGGGGAAUAGUUCUACUAAUACUCGCCGUAAUUCAAUAUUCGCAAAAGGGACGCAGUCAUCCCAAAAACUCAAAAUUGAAAAGACACGGUUGGGUGUCAAAUAAUGACAGCAAGGAGAAGAGAUCCGAACAUGUUUACAUGGACACAACAACGACUCCCGACGACAACGAGAGAACCGAUCGUCAAUUAUACCCAACCCUAAAUUAAUCCCCGAGGUAAUCAUCAAACUUUGCUCACAACAAGAGUGUGAUAGAACAGAAUAAACAAGUCAGAUUCGUCCUACAAUGGUACAGGGUCCAUGAUAUUAUCAACUUCAUUUCCUCCGAUCAGGUGCCUUAGAAUAGACAAAUCAUUUUCUCAUAAUUAAAGAGAGACGAAGAGAAUGUAGAUAAUGAUCAUGCCAGAUGAAUGCUCCAGUAAAAUGAUGAAUCAGGGAAUGAGUUGGCACCCUGUUCUCACUAUUUCACUCCAAAAUUGCAAUUAAUCCAUUGACUCAGGAAGGAUCAUACCAAAAAUACGUAUAUAUCUAUCAUAAUUAAUGUAAUGAAAAAUUUUAUAUUCGAUAAAUCACAUUCUAGACUAACGAAAUUGGAUAUUAAUUGAACCUGUUGAGUUAAUCGUGAAUUGAUUUCUAGACUAAUGACAUUAGAGUGAUCACGUGUUGAAAUUAAUGAGACGAUUCAAGUGAUUGUCUCGAUGGUAUGAUAUUUUUUUACAUACCUACACACUGCCCGUAAUUAAUGAAAAUAAUUGACCUUUGUUUAUAUUUUAUUAGUGUCAUACUGUCGUGACGAUAGUAAUGGAGCUUCGAGUGCCUAUACAUUAUUUACUAUGAAUUUUAUGUACUCAUUUUUGCCAUUCCAAGGUUCAACUACACAUUAAUUCACUUGUUGUAUUUUAUGCAUUGUAGAAUUAUAUAUUGACAUGUAGAUGAUGGGAAAGUGUAUCUGCAGGAUCGUAUGAAUUUUGAGAGCAAGUUUUAAUAAAUGUUUAAUAUUUUUAUAGUCAAA